GUCGGUUGUGUUAUUACACAACAGCUCUGUCACCCAAUGUUGUCACAUUUCUUCGUUCACGGGAUACCCUUUAACUUAUGAGAGGAAAUUCCUACGCAUGAUUCUAGACUAAAACCCAACCUAGCGCCAUAGCCUGAUGACUUUCUGAGGAUCAUUUCAGAUUAGUGAUGGUGGAAGAGGAUGGUUGCAAUUCUUGUUUGACAGCUCUCGGGGCUCUGCGAGUUUCCCUCGUUGACCAACUGGAAGGACGGAUUGACUCUCUGCUGGAAAUCUUAGUAGGUCGUGAACUGUUCACCCGUGAUGACCGCGAGGAGGUAUUGUGUAAGCUGGGGGCCCGGGCCAGAGUGAGGACGGUGUUGGAUAUCCUGACCUGUAAAGGCGAGGAAGCAGCUAAGGUUUUCCUCUCAAUCAGCCGUCUCCAGCAAGAGACACAGACGCACCCCCAGGAAGGAAGCACAGAUCAGUCCGUAGAGUAUAACAAAGUCAAACAAAAGCAUAAAGAUGUCCUCACCCGUCGGAGUGAGAGCAUGCUCUUCUACAACACUCGUCACGGAGAGAAAAUCCUUUUUUCCGAUCAUUAUGUCAAUCUGUUGCUGGCCGACGGACACCAGGGCUUGGAGAAAAAAAGACACGAGGUGCUGACGUUCGGACAAAAGCGACUAUCUUUGCAGCAGAAGUCAGCGGUGAAGCAGAAAAUCUCCCCAGCCGAACUCUUUUCAAGUGCGCAUGGAAAUAGGCCUGUCAAGAAGGUUCUGGUGUCCGGGGUGGCCGGCAUUGGGAAAACCAUCCUUGUGCAGAAAAUGCUGUUUGAUUUUGGGAGGAACAAGAGCCAUCUUGGAUUUGACUUCAUCUUUCACAUGACCUUCAGAGAUCUGAAUCUGAUUGACAAGACUGUAAACUUCCGUGAGCUGGUCUUGCGUAAAAACAGGCACCUCGCUAAGGAAUUGGAUAACAUUUUAGCGAAUGAGCACAAACUGCUGAUCAUCUUAGACGGCUUCGAUGAGUUCAGACACUACAGGAGCUGCGACGUCGAGACGUUUGUGACGGAGCCAGAGGAAGUGGGAGAGGUGGUGGAGGUCUUCGGGAGUCUGAUGCACGGUGAGCUGCUUCCCAACGCCUCUGUCUUGCUCACAAGCCGACCAGCAGCCAUCAGCCACAUCCCCGUGGGCUGUAUCGACCGCUUCGUGCUCAUCGCUGGCUUCUCCUUGACUGAAGUUCAAGACUUCUUCUUCCGUUAUUUCCAGGACCGUGCCAUAGCUGAGAGCACCUUUGCAGUGGUGUCGGCCAAUGAGCUAAUGCUGACGCUGUGCUACAUACCUGCAUUCUGCUACAUUGUCUGCUGCAUCCUUAGAGAGAGCAAAGACCUCUGUGAAGAGAAACCCAAAACCAUGACCGACAUUUAUGUGCAGUACCUGGUGGCCUUGCUUCGCUCUCAUACUCAAGCGAGAGCCGAACCCUUCGGCCGGGAUCAAGGAGCAAUGGCCGCUCAGCCGCUGUCCGAUGUCGUGCUGAAGCUGGGACGGUUGGCCUUCCAAAAGUUGCUGGGGCAUCAAACUCUGUUCUACGGCAGCGACGGAGAUGUCGCAGCGUUGGUGGGAUGCAGCCUCGUUAGCACCUUUCUGGACAAGACAGUCUCACAAGAGCCCGGCUGCACGGAGGAGGUUUACUCCUUCGCGCACCUCACUGUUCAAGAGUUCUUCGCUGCGGUUUAUUAUGCAGUGACGGAUGACCCUUUGCCCGAAGUUCUUCAACACGGCGCAGAUCUUGCGGAGGGAUCCAACAACGGACAUUUGGACCUGUUCAACCGCUUCCUUUCUGGAAUCCUCUCUGAACGCAACGCUAACCUUCUCUCAAGGCAGGUGGGGCUGUGUUGCCAGAAGGACAAAGUGGACAACUAUCGACAGAGGAUCAUCAGAGAGCUAACAACGGUCUGUGAGAGUGGGGCCCAUAUCCUAAACCAUUUACACUGUCUGUUUGAACAGCAGGACCCCUCUCUGGCCCUCAGCGUGCAGCCAAAGACGCUGCAAGUGAAUGUCAGCGACGAAACACUCUCCCAAAUGGAUUACAAUGCCAUCAAGUACUUCCUGAACCUUACAAAAGGUGAAAUAUCUGAGCUGGAUCUGACGGGCACAGGAGUAAGCUGUGAGGCGCUUCGAGACAUUCAGCCCCUGCUGCUCAGAUGUAACAAACUGUGGCUUGGAGAAAACAACCUUGAUAUGAACACAGCUCAUGUCAUUGCGGAUGUGCUGCACGUGUCAGAAAGUAUAACCCACCUUGGUCUUGGAUGGUCAGACAUCGGCGAUGAUGAACUACUGGCUAUUUCUAGUGCCAUAGGGGUAAAAGGAAAACUACAAGAGCUGUGGAUGGAGGGAAACCGAGUUAGCUACAAAGGACUGUUGUCACUCAGUGACUUGACCCCAAACCCUCUGAAAACAAUUGUAGCCAUAUGGAAUGACUUGACUGACACAGAUCCAUACUUUUUUUGCCCCCAAGAAAGCAUAACUGUGAGUUUUACAGAAGAUGGUAUGUGGACGGCGUGGGGAGAAUGGGUCUUCAAACGGUGCGAGGUCAGCAGCAAUGAGAAGUUACUGAUGGUACUCCGCAAAGUGUGCAACAUAUCAGUCCACUGCUUAGAGGUCCAGUGGGCAAAGACUUUCUACCAGCAACUAUCACAGCUCAUCAGGCAAAGGAUUGAGUGCUGCACUGAGGACGACAUGAGCAGGAAGCUCAAAAAGUUUGAACAGAUGUUGAAUCACUAACAGUCAAAUGACUUCUGAUCCUUUGGGUUAUAAGCUAGUACAUAAGUAAUCAUAUUCGAAAAAAAAUUGAUGGGUUAAGAAGAAGGACGAGAAUGAAAAAGGAUCAUGGCCAGUACGGGGAUCGAACCCGCGACCUUGGCGUUAUUAGCACCACGCUCUAACCAACUGAGCUAACCGGCCACGUGAUGCAUUCCGUCGACUAUAUUUAUAUUAAUAUUCCUGUUAGAUCACAACUUAAAUUAACUGUAUUCAUUGGACACUAUUUUUGUGCUAUAUAUACUACCAUAUAUUAUUUUGUGUUUACUUUAAAUAAGUAUUAAUUCUCAUUUAUAUUCGAGUAAAUUCCUUUCGCUUCCCUCCUAAUGCAUGUAAUGUCUUGACUUUAUUUAAGAAAAAUGUAAUGCCUGUGACUUGUGCACAAUUUGCAAUAAAAUGUGGAAACUUGCAUUCAAA